AUGGCAAACCAGACUUCGCCCAGCUUUCUUUUCGGCAUUUCCGCUGCAGUUAUCCUGAUCAGCUGGAUUAUAAUGGGAAAUACAAUCACGAUCCUUGGGCUAAUAUACAGUCGGCCAAAGCAUGCAAUAUCCUUUGUUACGUCUGAGAAGCGAAAACGCAUUACUUUCAAUUAUUUACUCAGCAAUUCGGUUGCCGACAUGUUAAUUGGAGUGUUCAUCACCCCGAUUGCACUGUACCAGCAUAUUUGGGGCUGGCCGACGAACGUUCCAUGUCACGGGCUCGCUCAUCAGAGCUCAUAA